AUGCCUGAAAGCAAGCUGGACAUCAAGCACUGGUGGCGACACCGCAACCUUCGCACCCUCAACCUGUUACUAUUGAUUCCACUCCUAUCGAUCUUUUCUCAAGGCUUUGACGGAUCCAUGAUGAAUGGUCUCCAGUCGGUCUCGCAUUGGCAAAACUACUUUGGAACCCCCACAGGUGCAACUCUCGGUUUCUUCAAUGCAGCAUAUCCUCUCGGCGGCAUCGCCGGUGUCUUCCUCAUCUCCCCUAUCGCUGAUGGGCUGGGACGGCGUGUGGGCUUGGCAACAGGAGCCGCGUUGUGCUGCCUUGGUGCGGCCCUCCAGGGAGGCGCCAUCAAUAUCGCUAUGUUCGUCAUUUCGCGUGUGAUCAUCGGCGCAGGCAGUGUCGUCGUAGCGGGCGUGGGAGCUCCAUAUAUCACGGAGAUUGCUCAUCCUGCACAGCGCAGCACGGCAACCGCAAUGUUCCUUACAUUCUACUCCGUAGGCUCCAUCGUGGCUGGCUGGUGCACAUUUGGAACCUUCCACAUCAAUGGUACGGCUUCGUGGAGAAUUCCGUCUGCUCUGCAAGGGUUCCCAUCUGUCAUUCAGCUGCUAUUUGUAUGGUUUGUUCCGGAAUCUCCACGUUGGCUCAUCAGCAAGGGGCGCAACAUGGAAGCAUUGGCGAUUCUGGCAAAGUAUCAUGGAGAAGGUGACGAGGAUGACGCGGUCGUUCAGUUCGAAUAUACCGAAAUCCAAGGUGCGCUCAGUGCAGAGCAUUCGACUGCCGAUUUGACACUUUUGUCUUUUCUAAAUGAGUUGGUAACGGGGUCAGGCAACCGCAAACGGCUGUUCAUCAUGGUAUGGGCGGCCAUCAGCUCACAAAUGUCCGGAAACGCCUUCGUAUCUUAUUACCUGUCUCCAAUUCUGGCUUCGGUGGGCCUAACCUCGGAUCUACAGCAGACGCUCAUCAAUGCAACAAACCAGAUGCUCUCCUGGUUUAGCGCUGUGUAUUUUGCAACCCUGCCUGCGAAGCUUGGCCGGCGGACGCUUUUCCUCGCCUCUCUGUGCGCCAUGUGGGUGGUCGAUAUCUGUAUUACGGCCGGAAGCGCCAUGUUCGCUAAGGACCCUGCAAACAAGGCCGCUUCCUACACCGUUGUUGUUUUCCUCUAUCUAUUUUCGCCAGCGUACAAUCUCGGGUUCAAUGGAAAUCUCGGUCUAUAUAUCCCGGAGAUUCUCCCCUUCCACCUCCGCACGAAGGGUCUAUCCUUCUUUUACUUUGUGCAGUUCUCUUUCAUGAUCCUGUCGACUUUUGCCGUGCCGAUCGGCCUGGAGAAUAUCCACUGGCGCUUUUACAUCAUCUUCGUGGUAUGGGUCAUUGUGGAGUUCAUCGGGGUGUAUUUGAUGUUUCCUGAGACGAAGGGCCCAGCACUAGAGGAUAUUGCGUAUAUCUUUGACGGGCCAAAGGCUAAAACCAGUGAAAACUGCGAAGUUGGAGAGAUUGAGAGCAAGAUCAACCAUAAUCAUCAGGAGAAGGAGCUCAUGUGA